GGGCCUGCUGUACCGCUUGCGGACUCGAGAGCUACCUUAUUAACCCGCUAUAACUAUUGGGUAUUUCUGCGCCGUGGUGCAUACCACUUAUCCUGCGAGCUGAGUCAGGACACCCUACCGUUUAACGCGGCCGCUGGCAACACCUCAAAUUCCACCAUACCAGCCUACGGUACAGUCACAGUAGAGAAGCAUGUCGACAAACCUCGAAAUGGAGCCGAGGGCUCGCGAUUCACCGGUUGAGCCUGUUCUGGCAAAUAACCACGCGGACCAAGCCGCCUACCAACUCGCGUCUUACCCAAAUCACCCACCUUCGCCUUCUGGCGGACAAGGGGAUAGUCGGACCUCGCCCAUAGCAGCAGCACCACCAGCUCUGCCCCAUGGAUACAAUCAUCCACCAGCUGGCCCACACGAAGCACAUUUGCACCCCGAACUACGAACUCACGAGGCAGGCCCCACAAACGGAUACCAACCAGUGCCCGGAAUGAUGCCUGUUGGCGUCCCUCCCCAACCCGAGCAACAAGGUGCCAUGCCCGGCCCCAACACGCCUGUUGGUGUACCACAAGUGGGAAUGGUCAGCCCGGGCGACAGCGCUGGUGAUGGUAGGAAGUCUAAACGGGAACUGUCACAGUCGAAGCGCGCCGCCCAAAACCGCGCCGCACAGAGAGCAUUCCGUCAACGGAAAGAAGGUUACAUCAAGAAGUUGGAGCAACAAGUCAGAGAAUACAGCGAGAUGGAGAUGAGCUUCAAGGCUCUACAGAACGAAAACUACGCCUUGAGGGACUACAUCCUUCACCUGCAAAAUCGACUCAUCGACGUCCAGGGCGAUUACCCUCAACCUCCUCCGAACAUCACCCUAGCGACCCCCCACACGCAGCAACUUCAGCAACAGCAACCUCCACCACCGCCCUCCGUACCUCAGGGCAUUGCUCCUGAUCCGGUCCAAGUUGCGCAGCAGGUUCCCCCCGUUACCAGUGGUCCGUCGGCAUCCCUGGAGGAAGCCGCUCAAGCCGUAGCCGGCCUGAGCCGAAGCGACCACCACAUGGGUGGAACUCCCCGGGAUCCCUAUAACACGGCGGUCUCGGCAGCAGCUGCUGCCGCGGCUGCGGCUGCGGCGGCUGCGGCGGCAUCCCGCACAGAUGAGGACGCGAGGACGGCGGAAGUGAUUCAGAGGCAACUGCAGGCAGAUAGCAACAUAGGUAUACCGGAUGGGCUCCCGCUUCAGCAAGCAGCUAUGUAGGAACAUGCGGGCACGGACGAUUAUCCGGUGGAACAUCUGAAGAAGUGAGGGUUCGCAAAACAAUGUCGCUGGCCAAUCUGUUGUUGAGUUGAGGUUCGGCGUUGCUAUACCGUUUAUUCUUCGCACUUCGAUUCCUUGCUUUGCUUUGCUUUCUCAUGGCGUCGCGGAUUCAUCUUUAUAAAUCAAAUUCUGCUUCCACCUUUAGAUUUCCCGCGGC